AGUGAGUAUUUUAUUUUACACGGUUAAGUGCACAUAUCCGAGGCCGAUUCAAAUCAUUCACCAUUAAGCUACCAGCUCGUAAUGCGUGUCACGUGUUCGGGCGCAUGAUUACAUGACACCGGAAGCAGGUGGCUGGUGUUACACCGAACGUGGUCCCCCUCCCGUCAGUAUGGCGGCUGUGGUGUGUUCCAGAUUCCUCCUCCAGAGAUCCACACACGGGUUUCUCUGCUCUUCGCGAGCAGCCGCCGCUCUCUCUAGCCCGUUUCUGAGCCGCUCACAUCGAUUGGGUCCAGGCGAUGAUGAAAUGUAUCAGCGCACCUCGGUGUCCGUCAUGCAGAAGGAGCCGGGCGGCGGGGUCAUGAUCCACAGCUACAGUUCCAGAGGAUUCAACAUCGACGGCAACAAGGUGUUCGGGCCGUGUGCCGUGCUGCCUCCUGCCAUCCUCCAGUGGAAUGUUGGAAGUCAUGAAGACAUCACAGAAGAAAGUGUCUCUCUUUUCCACAUGCUCGAACCGAGAAUCGAGAUUCUUGUGCUGGGCACAGGUGCACGUGUUGAAAGAAUUAAGCCCUCAGUCCUGGCUCUGCUCAAACGUAAAGGCAUCGCGCUGGAGGUGCAGGACACGCCGAACGCAUGUGCGACCUUCAACUUCCUGACCAGUGAGCGAAGGGUGGCGGCUGCUGGGCUGAUCCCUCCGCCCAUCAGCACGGCACUGGAGGCAGUACAGGAAUAAGUGUUGCUAUGGCAACCAGACUGAUUUCUGCAGAUGCUCAGAGGCGUUUCAGUGACCGUGGGCCUGUGAGGUGGUUAUUCUCCGUCUUCAUGAAUCUUCCAAAGGAGCAAACUGGCAAACGGCUCUGAACAUUCACUAUAUUUGGUUAUAAUUGUUUUUUUUAGUGGAGGAGGAUGUUCAAAUGUCAAGCAGUGAUUUGAGCAGUGAGCCGGUUCGGAGACGCAGUAAACAGUGUAAACAUUGUUCUUGUAUAGAAAUCCUGUGUUUUGUGUAUGCAAUAUAUAUUUAAAAGCUUCAUCUGGAACAGAAAUCUCAGGUGUCCUUAUUUCUUUUCCUGGUAUACAGAAUAUAUAUUAUUUAUAAAAAGGGUGAUUC